AUGAUGGAAGCCUGGCGAUCUUUUCCAAAUGCUAAAAUCAUCACUUUAGGCGAUUUUAACUUGCCGAAUCUGAGCUGGGACUCUAAUGGAGUGUGUAUUUUAGACAAUUCACAUUCUUGGCGGGCCAAUAUCAUAGAAGAGUACCUCAGUCUAUGUAAUGUUCAGCAGCAUAACUUUAUAAAAAAUACAAGGGGCCAUAUACUGGAUCUCGUGUUUUCAUCUUUGACCGACAUACAUGUUUAUUCCGCCCAUGAUGCCCUUGUUCCAUGUGAUGAGUACCAUCCUGCUCUUCAGCUUAUGUUGCCUCUCUCUGCUCCUAUACGUCAAAAUUCCGAAUCAUCAUCCAGACUCUGCUUUGAGCGUGCGGAUUAUGAUGCCAUAAACGAUUAUCUGGGCCAUAUUGAUUGGGACCUCGCCAUAUCUGAAUUGUCUGUUGACGAGGCAACUGAAUUCCUUCACCAUCAUCUUAAAUACUCCAUUUCUACAUUUGUGCCUUCUCAUGUGUAUGUUAAAUCAUCUUAUCCUGCCUGGUUCUCCAAAGAACUUAUCUCUAUCAUCAGAGCAAAGAAAGCAGCGCAUCGAAAAUACAAAUAUACAAAUUCGUUCGCCGACUACAUGGUUUUCUCUCAUCUUAGAGUUAAAUGCAAAUCUCUGUCCUCAACGUGCUGGAAUAAUUUUAUUAAUACAACAGAGUGCACACUGGCGAACGACCCAAAUCUUUUCUGGAAAUUUAUAAAAAAUGUAAAAACGGCUGAGCCUCGGGCUUCUCACAUUCUACAUGAAAAUAGAUUACUGGAUGAUAAGGUCACUAUCGCAAAUUGCUUUGCGGAUUAUUUCGAAUCCGUCUACACUAGCAGUGGAACUGAUAGCGCAUGUCGGGUUAACUUGAACCUAAAUCAUUCCUUGGAUCUAUUAUCUCUGGACAUUACCAUUGGCGAGGUCUACAAAGAGAUCGAUAAUCUUUCGCUGAGCUGCACUGCUGGUGCGGAUGGCAUUCCGGCACUGUUUCUAAAGUCAUGUAUCUUUGUAUUUGCCAGAAUUCUAUGGCUUAUCUUUAAUUAUUCAUUAAAGAAUGGCAUCUUCCCAUUGUGCUGGAAACGAUGCCUUGUCACUCCUGUCUUUAAGGGAGGUGACCGACAGUUAGUCACUAAUUAUCGGCCUAUCUGUAAACAGAAUAUCAUGCCUAAGAUUUUUGAAGGAAUUAUUGCUAAAAAGCUCAGCUCACUUUGCAGAAAUGUCAUUAACAGAACAACACGAAUUUAUGCCCGGUAG